CACAAACAUGAACUUAUAUUAGGGGACGGAGAAAAUAUUAUCAGAAUAUCAGGAUGAGUCAGCUAGCAGCAAAGUAAGAUGAUAUGCUAAGUUUGACGCGUAGAUUUGCAGGCUAUAUAAUUAAGUUUCCCGCCCUCUUCUUUCUCUCUCAUCUCCUUCUCAAUUCUACCACACGUGUCUACCAUGGCCGAACUCCUGUUGCCACCUCUUCAUCCUUCUCCUAAACCCUUUUCUCUGUCUUCCGCUCUUGUUUCUGCAACUGUCAGUGAAGUGAACGACUUCCCCAUUCUCGAACAACAUAGGUUAUCACGCUUCAUCAAUUCUCUACUUUCAUUCAAUUAUUUUCGUUAUUGUUCUUUUUAUCAACUUCUUCAAUUAUAUAUGUAUAUAUGUUUUGUGUUUGUAGUCUGCUGAUUUGGUUCAAUUUUAUCCGGGAUUUUGGUGUUUUGCUGAUUGUAUUUAGAUAUUGUAUUUUUUCAAUUGGGUCUGUCAGAUAGGGUAAAAUAUCGAUUGAGUUUGUCAGAGAUUGUAAAAUUUCAACUUGGUCUGUCUAAUAUUAGAUAUUUUCAUUUGGGUGUUUCAGAAAUUGUUAAAAUUUCAGUUGGGUUUGUCGGAUAUUGCAAAAAAUUCAGUUGGGUUUGUGAGAACUUGCAAAAAUUCAGUUGGGAUUGUGAGAACUUGCAAAACUUCAGUUGGGAUUGUUAGAGAGUGCAAAUAUUUCAGUUGGGUUUGUCAGGAUUUUGUGUUUAUGAUUUAUGUUUGAUGUUCUUAUUUCCAUGAUAUAUGUUUGUUUAGUGAGGACUUGAUAAGUUAAUGAUAAGGUUGCAUAUAUCUGGUUCGGUUUAGAUAUGUCAAUUGCAUGUGGAUGUUGGAGUUUGUGCACUUGUAUCUUGUGUGGCCAGGAGGUUAGCCUUGGCUAUUAACUUUGAUUUAUGAUCGUAGUAUGGCAUUGGCGUCGUUUUGAUUUUUUGAAUGUUAAAAGGGUGUCUAUGUUCAAGGUUGAAGAGAUGGUGUAAUUCUGCAUCUUUAGCUUUAGAUAUCAGCAUAUCACUUUGUGAGUUUGUGAGUAGUCUACUAUACAGUGCAUUAAAAGGUUUUGAGGUUCCUUUGUAAUACAACAAAUCUAUUCUAUUUUAGAUAAUUUGUUUGUUUCUAAGUCUUGGUCGGACCUUUUAUUUUUAAGCUUUUAAGGAGUCGAGUACUACCAGUAAGUCUGCUCUUGCCAAAGUCCAGUGUGAACUUAUGUGAUGAGAAGCCAAAUCCGACAUGAAUGUGUGUCACAUUGGGUAUGAUAUAACUAUGUAUAUUGCUAUAUUAUAUCAAUUUUCUUUUAAGGUGGAUGUAAAAAAUUUGCAAUUCCCGAUGAUUCUGGUAGUUUUCGGCUGUUGGUUACAGUUUUCAAAUUUUUUAAAGUGGGAACAAAGUUGAGUAUGUUAUUAUGAUUAUUAUUAUAGUUAGAUGGUUAGUCAGUACUUAGUAGUAAAUGAUUUUCAAAAAAAAAAAAAAAAAAAAAAAAAAAGAUUUUCAAUUGUAAAAUUUUCCGUUAUUUUGUCUAAGCUUAAUGCUUAUCUUAUUUGGAACUUACUGUCUGAAAAACUUGAUUUGUCAAAAAAAAAAAAUUUAUUUUGUUUAAAGUUAGUAAUUUUUGUGUGUGAAAAUUGUUGUCUAGAAUAGGUGAAGAUAAAUUGAAUAGAACAAUACCUAUGAGAGUGUUUGAGGGAUUGGGGGAAAGUUGGAGAACAUUGCAUGAGCUUAAUGUAUACAAGUGUAAAUUAACACUUGAUUAUGCAAUAGAUAGGGGAAAAUGAACUUUUCCUUGGGUUGCCUCUAUUACAAGCAAUGUAUAAAAAAGCUCAAGGUGCAAGUUUCAUGCGCCAAACGCCUUGGUGCACCUCAAUGUGCCUUGAAAAUUCUAUUAACACUUUGUACUCAAACUUUGUUAGCUGUGAUUAUUAGGCUUGCUAGCUUUAGCCAUUAAAUGCUUGUUCAGUGUGUAGGAGAGUAAUGGUUAAGUCUUUCUUUACCACUGUCAACCACAUGUCUUAGAUGUGAAGAAAAAAGAUUAUGUUAUUUUUAUUGAGGGGGAGUUGGACAUUAGUUGAUUUGUGCCCAUAUCUUUAGGGAUCUUGUCUUGUUGCUUUUUACAAGUGGUUUUUUUUUUUAGCAAAAGUUGACUUUAGGGGCAGAGAAGAAUUAGAGAGAUGCCAUAAUCUGUGAUCCUUAUGUAGUUGUAGCCAGUAACAUACCCUAUUUUUGACAAACUGUGGUUAGAUGGUUUGUUACUGUUGUUUGUAUGUAUAAUUUCAUAUAUUAUGGGGAGAUGGCUUCAAGCCAUUGCAAGUAUUACUCAGUGGCAGGUAAAUUCCCCAAUUUCUACUUCGAGUCCUCCCAACAUCAUUGUAUAUUGACCUUACAUAAUGUUUUCACUCGUCUCAUGAAUUCUGGAGAGAAUAUGGGGAACUUCUAAAGAUUUUAUUCAAGAUCUCUCACAUUAGUAGAAUAGUGUCAUCCAGGAUAUGUGAUAGUAUAUGACUGUUCGUUUGUUUUUAGUAUUUUUGCGGUCAGUUUCCAUGCUAGAAGAUUACUUCUUGGUACUGUAACAUUGUAUAACAAGAUCAUUGCUCUGUUGCAUUGUUGUUACAACAGAAUUCUAUAUCCCCAGUUAAUUGUGGCUACCUUUACAAUCAUGUUUCUGUCUACAAGGUACAAGCAUAUACUUGUACCUUUGACUAAUGUAGAAAAUUUUCAGACAUGUAGUACAGUUAUUUGGAGCCUGCUUCAAAAGCUGCUGGGAUUGAUUCACAACAAUCACAAGUACUGGCUGCUGUUGUUUGUGUUAGCAUAAAUUUUCAUGCUGAAGCUCAUGUUCUUACUUUUUAUGAGAAGCUUUUGGUUAUCGAUCGUUACUUGGAUGCAGCUUCUAGGACUGAUUGCUAACUGGCACGCAAAUAUGUGCUGGAGAUUUAUCCUAUGGACUGUGAGCAUCACAACUCUUCCUAUACGAGCGUUAGGUGCACUCCGCAGGGAGAAAGUGAUGGAGAGGCUUCUCCAGGAAAUGCAAAGUGAGCUAGAGAGCCUCUCAUGGGAUAGUGAGAAGCUAGCAGGACAUUUGAGGCUAGCUGUCAAGGAACAUCAUCUAAUGGAGUCGAUGUUGGCUGAUUUAGAAGAGGAGCAUGACAAAGCUAUUGGUAAAAUUGAAUUCCUUGAGAAAGAGGUGGAGCGCCUAAAAGACAAGAAUCUUAGACUGAAGGAAGUUCAGACUAAAGGAAUCUGUGAUCGAGGGAAAGUGGAAGUGUUGAUUGAUCCUGAAAAGGGUGGCCAUCAUGAGCGUCUUUGGCAUUCUAGCAAAAGUGAAAAUGACAACUUGCAAGAAGACCUACAGUUGCCAAAAACAACCAGGGCUACCAAGGAGCAACUCCGAACAGGGAUGAAUCCUUCAAGGCUUGUGGAUCCACUUACACCAUUGAUUUUCUCAAGCAACGUAGAUGUAGAUGCAGCUCUUAAUCAACGAAGGGAGGUUGCUCUAUCCCAGAGUCUUUUUAGUUCCUUGUUAUCUCUGCUGGUUGGAAUGAUUAUAUGGGAAGCUAAAGAUCCUUGCAUGCCUCUUGUGUUGGCUCUGUUCACUGUGGUGGGUCUGUCUUUGAGGAGUGUAGUGCAGUUCUUCUCGACCAUUAAAAAUAGACCAGCUGCUGAUGCAGUUGCACUUUUAAGUGUCAACUGGUUUAUCCUUGGCACACUUUCCUAUCCUACAUUGCCGAAGGUUGCCCAUAUGUUGUCUCCAGUCAUUUCAACCUUUCUAGGGCAAGGGUCAGGGUCAGGAUCAGGGUCUGAACUUGGUUCUUUGUAGUAGGUCGGUUUUAAGGUGUGUAUUAUAUAAUUAAAUACUUGACUUUGUUUUCUUCUUCGUAGGUCUGUGUAACUUAUUGCUCGUGUAGGAGUCUGUUAAAGUUGAUUGAGGCGGUGUGCAACCGUCUACAACCCCCCCUCCCCAAAAAAUUCCUUUGAGAAGAAAAGGGUUUUACAGUUGGU